UCGGUUUCCAUUUAUUAAACUCCGUGAAACUGACAAUAAAAUCCUACUCUCAUCAGAGAAACGCAACUUCGCGCUUGUGCGAAUCCCACCUCGCACCUCUUCCUCCUGCAUGCCUAACUGAUUGAACCACUCUUAGCCAAACCCUUCUAUAAAGCUUCUCUUCCCUCUUUAAUAUUUUCUUCUUGAGCUUUCUCCCUGUAUGAAUAAGGACGAUCGAUGCAUAAAAAUCUAAGAAGAUGAGGGAAUGGGUCCAUGUUGCGGUGGUGGCGGGCUUGUCGGGAUGUGUUUCAACUCUUCUUUUGGUUUGUAUUUGGCGUUGGUGUUAUCGCAAACAAUGUUGAACUUUCGUCGAACCAGUUAGUCUGCAAUCUGGUAAUGCGAGACUCCAUCAGGGGAAUUAUCAUGAGUUUGGUGGUGGGGUCUCUGCAAAACUCUUGUUCAACUGGUCUGAUCAUCCCUCGCUGGCUGCUGAUGCUGUGGAAGAUGCAUGGUCUCGAUUUGCUUUCGUGGACCACAAGACCUGCGGGUCGUCUCCUUCAAAAAGAACAAGUCUUUUGGGUUUGGGAGUGCGCGGUUCUGUUUCAGGUGAUCACGCAAGUGAAGAAACAGAGGCUGAGAUAAGCUGGGAAGUGUAUCAGGGAUCGAUUGAUUUCAUGCAGAAGAUAAGAUUGAACCCUGGCCUCAAAAGGAUUCAUUCAAAUAAUCCUUCUGUGAGUAUAUUCUCGGCCACAAGGACGGCUCUGCCUCUGCCCGGUCCUCCUUUAGGAAACUACUCUUUCCCGCAAGAAGCUUAUUUUGAAGUCACGGUUCUGCACGCUUCGGGUGCCGAUGAUUAUGAAUGGAAUGGAAAGAAUAAAAAAGGGGAGAGUAUUAAACUCAUUCAACACAAUUCAAAUUCUAAAGGGAACCACAUUGAAGUAAUGAGAGACCAAGGUAAAGAGGAGGGAAAGCGUGAACCUGCAAUGUUCUCAGUGGGGUUAACAACAGGACGCUUUGUUCCCUCCAGAGCUCCAGGCAGCUACGCAGGGAGCAUCGGGUUCAACUCAAACGGUUCUGUCUAUCUUGAAGGAACUAAACUGGUAAUGGAAUCAGAGAAGGUAGGGUGGGUUGAAAGUGAGAAAGUAAUAGGUUGCCGAUAUGAUCCGAGGCUGAAGAAGGUUUUUUUCACGAUGGGAUCUGAAUUGGUGCAUGUAAUCCAAUGCUAUUCAGAGGAAUUUGAGACACCACUCUAUCCAACGUUAGCUGCAAAUAUAGACAUGACGGUGUUGGUGAAUUUUGGGCAAUGUGCAUUCAAGUAUGGAGCUGCAAAUGCACAGAGAACGCUUAAUCCAUGCUUUAUAGCCCCUCUAGUAAAUAAUCUUGCUACGGCCACCCUGGGCUACGAAGAUAGCAAAGAGCUCUUUUCUAUUGGAAGAAUUGAUUCUCAGUGGCUUAAUGUGGCCAUCCCCAAAGGAAGCCACUUUAAUAAUGGGGUCGUAGAUCUUGAUUAUGACUCUGAGGCUGAUCUAUUUGAAAUCGUCUUGGAUCGUUCCCAAAAUGUCACAAGCUCACCAUUCUAGCUAGCUUCAGUGGCUCAAGUGGUGGCAUGUGUUUUUGCUGUUUCUCAUGAUCUCAGUGAGAUUUUAGUACAGCCAAAUUAUUAUUAUUAUUUUAACUAAUGGUUCUAGCGCAGCCAUGAGCCGCUUCAGAUGCUUUAUUCUGGCUGGUUUCUAAUUCCUAGUAUACCCAGAAACCGGUUCAUGUCCAUGGAACAGUUAGCUGCCACACAUUGCGAAGGCUCUAACUUCCCUGUCUUCCACAUAUUAGCCAAACCAACUGUCAUAUUAAAUUUGAUCUUUUUCCUUCUACUCCCUAUCAUUUUUUGGGAGAAAAAUCCUUCACUGUUAAAUUUGUUCUUAGAUAUUAUUAGGAAACCAA